GAAGUGUCAUUUCAGAAGAAUCAUCUCUGACGUUUCCAACAAAUGUGAUCCAGGGAUCAACCAAAUGCUCAGUUUCAGUCCUUGGGGACAUAAUGGGUCGUGCGCUAAAGAAUCUUGAUAACUAAUUACAGAUGCCAUCUGGCUGUGGAGAACAAAAUCUGAUCAUUCUUGCUCCCAAUAUUUACAUCCUACAGUACCUGGAGGUCACUGCGCAGCUCACCCCAACCAUCCGACAGACUGCCAUUGGUUACCUUCAGAGCGGAUACCAAGGACAACUGAACUACAGGCACAGUGAUGGUUCAUACAGCACGUUUGGUUACGGUGCAUCCAAUACAUGGUUGACCGCCUUCGUCAUGAGGUCUUUUGGCCUAGCAAGGAGUUUCAUCUUCAUUGAUCCCAGUGUCCUCCAGAGCGCAAAGGAUUGGUUGAUCAGCAAGCAGGGUUCAGAUGGCUGUUUCAUGCAACAGGGAACUCUGUACCACAAUGCCAUGAAGGGUGGUGUUGGUGAUAACGUGACCAUGACGGCCUACAUUGUUGCAUCGCUGCUUGAACUAGAUGUCCUUGUCACGGAUCCCAUCAUUACCAAUGCUCUGUCUUGCUUGAGGCCUGUCGUUGGGAACGUGGGAAACACUUACGCCACGGCUCUGCUUGCCUACACCUUCAGUCUGGCUGGAGAGACCAGCACUAGAGCACAGCUUUUAAAUGCCUUGGACAAUGUUGCCAUUACUGAAGGCAAUGAGCUCCACUGGUCUCAGACUUCAUCUGGUGAUACUCUGGCGGUGGAGAUCAGCUCAUAUGUGCUGCUGGCUGUUCUCUCUGUACAGCCUCUCACGACCGCUAAUCUGGGCUAUGCUAACCGCAUUGUCAACUGGCUUGUGACCCAGCAGAAUCCUUAUGGAGGCUUUUCCUCCACCCAGGACACUGUCGUGGCUCUUCAUGCUCUGUCUCUGCUCGCCGCUGAAGUGUUCAGCCUGGAGGGCUCCAACACCAUUACUGUACAGUCGUCAUCUGUAGCAGGAGAGCUUUAUAAUUUCAAUGUGAAUCGGGACAACCGACUGCUGUAUCAGGAGAAGCUGCUGAAGAAUGUUCCUGGCAGAUAUAGUGUUAGAGCGAAGGGGUCCACCUGUGUGUCUGUGCAGGUUGCAUGUUUCCACAACAUCCCGACACCCAUUAAAGCUUCCAGAACACUUAGCGUUGAAGUGAAGGUGGCAAGAGACUGCAAAGUGCGUGGAGCCGAUCUCAUGUUGAACAUCACUGUGAAGUACAAUGGUGCAAAACCAACUACUAACAUGGUUAUCGUGAACAUUAAACUCCUGUCGGGGUUCACAGCAGAUACAGCACUGAUUGGAUCCCCACCAGAUUCAUUUGCUCCACUAGUGCAGCGGGUUGAUUCUGGAAAUGACCAUGUGCUUGUGUAUCUGAAAGAGGUUCCCAAGGGCAUCCCCAUGACCUACAGGCUACAACUGAAACAGGUUCUUGCAGUGCAGAAUUUUAAGCCAGCGGUCGUUGAGGUUUAUGACUACUAUCAGCCAAGUGACGUGUUUGAGACCACAUAUAUGUCUCCCUGUCCAUGAUUGUUCCAUUUCUGGCUAUAGGGUGCAUGAAUGAAAUAAACUUAAAUAUUUACUUAAA